AGGGGGGGCUCCAGUCAGCUGGGCGCGCUGCGGGGAGCGGGAGCUGCAGCGGCACAGAGUCAGCUCCGGCCGCCGCCAUGCCCGGCAUCGACAAGCUGCCUAUCGAGGAGACGCUGGAAGACAGCCCCCAGACUCGGUCUUUGCUGGGAGUAUUUGAAGAAGAUGCUGCUGCAAUUUCCAACUACGUCAAUCAGUUAUUUCAAGCCAUGCACAGAAUAUACGAUGCACAGAAUGAAUUAAGUGCAGCAACUCAUCUGACUUCAAAGCUUCUGAAGGAAUAUGAGAAACAGCGUUUUCCACUCGGGGGAGAUGAUGAGGUUAUGACUUCCACUCUACAGCAAUUUGCAAAAGUGAUAGAUGAGCUCAGCUCAUGCCAUGCAGUUCUUUCAACUCAGCUUGCAGAUGCAAUGAUGUUUCCUAUUACCCAGUUUAAAGAAAGGGAUCUGAAAGAGAUACUAACUCUUAAAGAAGUUUUCCAAAUUGCAAGCAACGACCAUGAUGCUGCCAUUACCAGAUACAGUCGGUUGUCAAAAAGAAGGGAAAAUGAAAAGAUCAAGGCUGAAGUUACAGAAGAUGUAUAUACUUCCAGGAAAAAGCAGCAUCAGACUAUGAUGCAUUAUUUCUGUGCAUUAAAUACUCUUCAGUACAAAAAGAAAAUUGCUAUGCUGGAACCCUUGCUAGGAUACAUGCAAGCUCAGAUAAGUUUUUUUAAAAUGGGUUCGGAAAAUCUUACUGAGCAAUUGGAAGAAUUUUUGACCAAUAUUGGCACAAGUGUACAGAAUGUUCGCAGGGAAAUGGAGUGUGAAGGAGAAAACAUGCAACAAACCAUAGAGGACUUGGAAGUAGCCAGUGACCCGCUGUAUUUGCCUGAUCCUGAUACUACAAAAUUUCCUGUUCAUAGGAAUCUAACACGGAAAGCUGGCUACCUCAAUGCAAGAAAUAAGACAGGGCUGGUAUCUUCCAGUUGGGAGAGACAGUUUUACUUCACUCAAGGUGGAAAUUUGAUGAGCCAGGCAAGAGGGGAUGUAGCCGGGGGCCUUGUCAUGGAUAUAGACAAUUGUUCUGUAAUGGCUGUGGACUGCGAAGACAGACGGUACUGUUUUCAGAUAACAUCUUUUGAUGGUAAAAAGUCUUCAAUCUUACAGGCAGAGAGUAAAAAAGAUUAUGAAGAGUGGAUAUGCACCAUAAACAACAUAUCCAAACAGAUAUAUCUAAGUGAAAAUCCUGAGGAAAUCGCUGCACGUGUAAAUCAGUCGGCUCUGGAGGCUGUUACUCCAUCUCCUUCCUUUCAGCAGAGGCAUGAGAGCAUGCGGCCAACUGUACAAUCUCGUCCCCCCGCAGCUCGUACCAGCAGCACAGGGUCACUGGGAUCUGAAUCUGCAGCUUUAUCGGCACUUUCCUUGGAUUCGCUUGUUGCCCCUGACACUCCGAUACAAUUUGACAUAAUUUCUCCAGUUAGUGAGGAUCUGCCUGGUCAAGCAAAAUCUUCAGGGCAGUCAGGCAGACGCACAAAUCCUUUUGGUGAAUCUGGAGGCUCAAAAUCUGAAACAGAAGAUUCAAUUCUUCAUCAGUUAUUUAUUGUAAGAUUUCUUGGCUCUAUGGAGGUGAAAUCUGAUGAAAGUCCAGAUGUUGUUUAUGAAACGAUGCGUCAAAUCCUAGCAGCUCGUGCCAUCCAUAACAUUUUCAGGAUGACAGAAUCACAUUUAUUAGUCACUUGUGAUUGUUUAAAGUUAAUUGAUCCACAGACACAAGUUACAAGACUACGAUUUCCUUUGCCCAAUGUAGUCUUGUAUGCUACGCACCAGGAGAAUAAGCGCCUUUUUGGAUUUGUGCUUAGAACUUCAGGAGGGAGAGUUGAGAGCCGCCAAACUUCCGUCUGCUAUAUAUUUGAAUCAAAUAACGAAGGGGAAAAGAUUUGUGACUCUGUCGGACUGGCAAAACAGAUAGCUUUUCAUGCAGAACUGGAUCGAAAAGCAUCAGAAAAGCAAAAAGAAAUAGAUAGAGUCAAAGAGAAACAACAGAAAGAACUGAAUAAACAAAAACAAAUUGAAAAGGACUUGGAGGAGCAAAGCCGGCUGAUAGCUGCUUCCAGCAGAUCGAACCAGAGCAGUGGUGAAGGGCAAUUUGUAGUCCUUAGCAGUAGCCAGUCAGAAGACAGUGAUUUAGGAGAAGAUGGAAAGAAGAAGAGAGAAUCUGAAGCCUAAGGUUGCCUACUUUAUUAAAAUUGGAAUCUUGGAUAUAUCUGGUGAAAUGGCACAAGUUCUACAAGAAGUGAAAUGUAGGUGGAGGGUCUGUUGUAUUAUAUAAAAGACUUCACAGUAUGUAGACCCUAUUAUGCCUUGAUUUUUCUUUCUCAAUUAAGUGAUUUCCAUUUUCAUGUCAGUAUAAUUUCUCUUCUACAUACCAGAUGAAGCAUGGUGAUGCUACCAUGUUUACUACACAGUUAUGUUUUCUCAAGGCUUCUCCGCAGUAUGGAAAAACCCGUGGGGUUCUUUACCCCACGUACUUCUCUGUGCAAUUGAGUGCUCUAGAAGCAAAACUUUUAAACUCUCAUUGGACUUCAGCAGCACACUGAAAGUUGUUUCUUACACUGCACUAUGGAGAACACCUUGCUGGAAGUGAAAGUAGAUAUCCGAAUAAGACAGUGCUAAGCUUUACCUAAUCUGUUGCACAUAACUGUUCUUAGAUUUAGGAAGAAAAAUCCCUAUUAACAUCAGUGAAAUGUGCAAUAGUUCUGGACAGAUCUUAUUUUUUGUUUCGUAUUGCACUGUAUAAUACUAUCUUGAUUUUUUUUUUUUGUGAAUAUAAUGCUGAAUGACUUCUUUUCAACAGCAUAAAAAAAUACUGUCAGACCUAGAUAAGAGCUGAUGAGACACAGUUGCACUUUGCUGCAUGAGGAAUGUAUAAAGCAUUCCUUAUCAAAUGAUAAGAAUAAUGUAUAUAUUCUUGUAGCACAAGUGCCAUGUUCUUGGUUUUUCCCCAGUACAUGUAAUUAAAAGCUGUAAGCCUUUGACUUCACUUCUUACAAAACAUGCUUAGAGUUGCAGGAACAUCUUGAAUUCCAUUAUUUGAAAAAUCUUCUGAAUAUGUAAAUGCCUUGCUCCCAGUACACAAUAGUUACUGAAAAUGGGUUGAGGCUCCUUAAGUCUUUUUAUGGAAAUCAAUUUUGCAAACAAACUUUACUAGCUCUGUUUACCCUACAUCCUAGAGUCAAUCCUGUAAAGCAUUUUUCAAAGCAGUGUCUGUUUACAGCUUGUAAUAUGAACUCCGUGUUCCAUACCCUGUGUAAUAUUUAUUUUGUAUAGUACUAAAUGUGCAUUCACCUUUUGAUCCAGAGAGAAAACUUCUUUGAAGAGAAAUAUUUAUUUUUGCACUAAUUACUAUAAAUACUAAAAUCCCAUGGAGCAGAAGAUGUCUCUCUAAUAGUGGCAUGAAAAUAACAGGAAAUGUAGAAAGAAUAUGCUUAUAUUCCAAGUUAUAUUAUAACAGUAUUUUACAGUUAAUUGCAGGGCAUUUCUGGUGUUCAGGAAUGGAAGUGAUUUUCAGAGUAUCUCCCCAUCAGCUGGUGAUGGCCCAGCCCUUCACACCUGGAGUUGCUCAGUGCUGAUGGAGUGAGGAAUCUCGGCCCUCCCUGCUCGAUGGCUGUAGGUGCACAGAGGGAUCAGUAUCCUCAACUCUCCUCACGCACUGGAGUGGCCCUGUGUUGGCUAAGGACGGCAGUCUCCUCCUGCCCCUUGUGCUGGAGAAGGGAAUGUCUAUGCAGAAGUUCAUUGCAUCUGGCUCCUGUCACAGGAGAGAGGGUGGAGCAGCUCAUGGGCAGUGCCCAGAGUCUGCUGUGCUGGGGCUGCUCCUGCAGCAGAUGUUACUUCCACAGCCCAUGGAAAGGCUGGAGCUGCCUUGGGAGGGGUCACAGAACCCCAGCUUUGAAAGAGGUGAGAGGCUGAGCAGCAGAGACCCUCCAGGUUCUCUUCCUGAUUGAGUUAGCAACUCCUCUUCUAGUACGGUUUUCAUCCCCAGAGUAGCCAGUCACUUGCAGAAAUACCUGCUUUUGCUGUUGCCCAGCGAGGCCAAACAGCGUUGCCCUGUGGCCAUAUUUGGCCAGCACUGUCACAUGGACCACACAAAUCUGAGGCUUUUUUCUAAAAAAAGAGCGGCAUUUUUAUUUCAUAUAUAGUCUUUUAAGGUUGAGAGAUAAGAAUAGAAGACUGGUUUUAUUCUUGCCAAAAAAAAAAAGUACAGAGAGGCAGCGAAUCCAAAGUUUUUCCUUUUUGUGCCUAAAUCCAGGCUUACAGAUAGUUGCACUGCAGCCACUUGGUCUGUCUAAACUCUUCCAGUUCAUGUUUCUCUUUCUCUUUUUUUUUGUUUUUGUUUUUUCUAUCAAGUAAUAUGACAGCAUAGCUCAAAGUUACUUUAUCUUACUAUAUUUUCCUCAAGUACAUGCUGAAGAUGAAGUAGUUUUGAAACAGCACAGGAAGAAUAUGAAAUCAGUAGUCUCCAGUUUCUAGUUCCCCAGCUUGUAAGAGUAGGAUUAAGGUGUUAACCAGUUUAGCUGCAAUAGUCCUAUGAAAUUAGCUCCAUAUGAAAGACAGUUAAUAGAUCAGCCAUCUCAUCAAAAAGCAUUUCUGAUGUGCAGCCUGUUUUGCUUUCUAUUGAAGAAAUGUCAGAAAACUGAGUUACUUUUUUUUUUUUUUCUUGAAACCAUUACUGUUUUUGACAUAAAUCUGCAAAGAUGAGGAAGAAAGUGGGAGAAUAAAGUUGGCAGAUAAAUUUACUGUCAUGUGGGAUUUUUCAGAUUUAGCAAUACAUGACUGGAAUUAUUCCAUUUGCUUUUCAGGCUUUCCAUCUAUGCCAUUAACUGUAGUUUUCUCAAACAGACAGCAUAGGAGUGAAGUGUUCUGUUUGUGUUGGAUGAUUCUUGUCUUAACCAAUUAAAAAAAAAAAAGGAGGAAAUGAUUAAAGAGAGUGGUUAAAUAAAACAGAUCAAUAUGCAUGAAUGAAAUGAGGGGUUUGGGUUUUUUUGCUUAUUUAGGAGAGUUUCACUGGUGUAAAAUGAGCAAAAAUAGAUAAAAGCAUCCGGGAGAGGGAUGAAAGCUGUGAGAGCAGAGGGCAGGUCAGAAGAGAUGAGGGAGUGAAGUGGGACUGGUGCAGAGAGAGAGCAGGGGAGUGAGAAUCAUGUGAGUUUUGCUUAAGGGGAGGAGCACAGGGCUCUGUAAUCAGAACUACCUCAAGGCAAAAAAGAGCUGCUGAGGUUUUAUCUGUGGCUUCCUCCCCAAAAUAAAUAAAAAACCAAAAACUUAUUUGGUACCUUUUUUCCUAUGGGGUUUAGAACUACUUCACUGGAAAACCUUUUUGUUGGAGUGCUUAGUACUUUCCUUGAGAGUAUGACUUUUAAUAUAAACACCUCAUGUUCUCCUGGGAACUACUGCGGUAGGAUUUCACCACCUGAGCUUUUUAUAAUUGUAAGUAAAUUACUGGUUGGUUUCCUCUCCUGUAAUUUAUUUCUCCUGUUUAAUUUUUCCUGUUGCCUUUUAUUUACAGACUGAUCUUUCAAGCACUUCCAGUUGAAGCUGUAGUUUGCUUCAUGUGCACCUACUAUUAUUUCAGAACUCCUAAAAAUAAUCUUUCAAGUGCAUGAUUUUAAAGUGACUUUGCGUAGGUACUGAAUCAGCACUUUUUCUGUUGCUAAUUGCAGCGUCAUAGUUACUGCCAUUUUUCCUCUUAGCUAAGGGAAUAUUGAGUUUGUUACACUAUAUAGAUUUACACACUGCAGACCAAGCAAGUUUUCCUGUCGAUUGUUGCAAGCUACAUACAUUCUUUAUGUAUGUAAUGUCAUGAAUAUCAAAAUAUAUAAAGUGUGCUUAUAGGUAUGCAUUUUAGUGCAUUGUAGGUGAUACCUAGCACUCCUCUAUGGCUGCUAAUAGACUUCUCCAAGUUUAAAUUGGAGGACAAGUUACAAGUAGGCAGUUUAAACUAAUUUGAAUUUGAUAGUCUAUUACUUCCUUAAUUUGUUUAGGAUUGAAAUUGUAUCAAGACAAUUUACUGUCUAACAGCAAAGUAACGAUUAAGAGUUAAGGGCCAUUAAGGGCCAUUCCCCCUCUAUGAUGCUGUCAGAUUCUGUCUUUAGAUGGAUGUAAGCCCAGAGCUGAAAAUCCUGAAACAGCUGAAGCUAUUUAUGAAGAUAUAAUCUAUGUUCAUUGAUAUAAAGAAGCAAAUUUGACUGUGCAUAUAUUUAAGGUAAAUUCCAAUUAAUUAUUUGCACAGAAUUUAGAGGAAGCUGAGAAACUGUGUUAUGAUACAAUCUCUUGUUAUUUCAGAAAUAACCUGCCUCUGCUUAGUGAAUUUAGUAGAGAUAUAGUCUAGUCUAACAGCGAGAGCUGAUAUUUUAUAUUCUUUCUGUUGCUCUAUUUUACAAAAUUUCUUGCAAGACAAAUCAUCUCCGAAGCUUUUCUUCUUAACCAAGCAGUAAGUCAAUUUGUUUUUUUCCUGCCACAGUGGUAUCUAAGUAGUCAUGACAAGAAUAAGUGAGUGUGUCAUUGUGAAUGCACUUGUAUUCCUAAUGAAGUUUAUAUUGCAAGCCAAGGAUUUUGUACAAUCUUUCAGGUCAUUUUUAUAACGGAGUGGAGUGGUCAAAUUCUUAUGAUGAUGUUCUGGAUUGGUCCUGUUUUAGUGAAGUGUAAGUGAUUUUUGCAAUGUUUGAGACUGACUUGCACACUUUCCCUGACUAGCUGUAUUAAGCCCCACCAAUGGCUUCAGCUUUGAUUGUUGUGUCUUAAUCUUGGAAACAUGGAUAGUAAACGUAUUAUGCCAGGGCUUCAAUCAGCAUUUUGUAGAUUAAAUAAAAGCCUAACUAUAGUAACUUUCUGAGUGGGAUUUGUACUGAUGCAAAAACCUCCUGUGUUUUUCAUAAUACUGACUUCCAGGAAGUACCGUUACUGGUGACAGGAUGCGUUGCCUUCCACUAGAAGUUCUAACACGCAGUUAUAUCCCUCUGUUGGCAAAGCGUUUUGCAGUUCUCUUAAUUGUAACCAUAUUAGCCAGAUGACCUCAGAGGAAGUUAUUGUACUUGGGAAUGCUGAUAACUUAUUUUUGCAACAAUCAAAGACUGACCAUUAAAAGAAGCAGAUCCUUACCAUGGUAGCUGGCUGUUUAGUGCCCAUGUUGUAGUCCCAUGGCAACGUGCAGCGCACUGCAGAGCUGUGGUUAUGGUAAGGAUCAGAAUUCACGUACCAGCACAGCCAUUAACAUGGGUACUGAUACAUAUCUUCACGGGCUUCGUUAGUCUAUUAUAUGAUAAACACCAUGUAAAAAGCAAUGGAUCAUAACUACAUUAUGGUUAAAUUUGUAUUUUAUAAGGUUUGUAGAUUUUUCUGGGGAAAAGCAGACUUUUGAAUUAUGUAACUUCCAUGAUAAAGAUGCAUGUAUAACUAGAAAAAAAAAAAUCUAUGCUUAAUUGAUAAUGAAGGAAUAAAUACUACUAAUGCCAA